AUGCUCAGUCUUACACCCACACUGCCUCCUUCAACCAAAGGCAAUAACACUGCGAAGAGGGCGGCAUUAGGUACUUUCCCUGGGUUGGUGACCGCUCUUGCUCCCGCUCCAGCUCCAAUACACACUACCCCUUCAUGGGCUGCAUCCACAUCAGCCACAAGACAUGGAGAUUCCAUGGCAUCCAGUCUGCAAGCAAGCAAUCCUGUCUUUGCCUGGUUAAUUGCACACCACCAGGGCCUUGGAUACUUUGGCAAAGAAAACCACACUUGGUGGCCAAGUGUGCAGUCGCUGCUCCCAUCGCCAACCAGCGCCUGGCGUCAAUCGUUUCUGCGUGAGCUGGCCAGAGCUGAGCAUCCCGGCCCAUCAACCCAGGAGCCUCUGUCGGUUGCUGUGGCGCCCAAAUGUGAUGCACACAUGCAGUAA